CCGCCGACAACCGCGUACUUGUCUUGUAGUUCAUAACCAGUAGUGUUUAUUCUGAAGGGAGCGGUGUAGUUUUGUCGCGUCGCGUCUGUUUUAAUACAUUCCCUCCUCAAGAGUGUGAUCCAGUCAGUCACUCCUCCUACAAACAAACCACAGAGAUCAAACCCACCCGUGUCUAACGCGUGGAUUGUGUAGACGACUGCUGGACCGACCGGCGGUGCUCCUUCUCAGAACAGCAUUUAUAUAUGACAAGCUUAUUGGUCAUUUGUCCAGUGCUUAUAAACAUGCGUGUUAUUGAAGGAAUAAGAAGUGUCGGCGCGUAAUGUACUCUCUGAAUGACAGCAUGGCUAAACGAAGCACACUGUUCAUCAGGAUCGUGGAAGGAAAGAACCUGCCAAUCAAGGACAUAACUGGAAGCAGUGAUCCAUACUGCAUUGUGAAAAUUGAUAAUGAGGCAAUAAUUCGGACAGCAACAAUAUGGAAGACACUGUCUCCAUUUUGGGGUGAAGAAUACACUGUCCAUCUUCCUCCCUACUUUCGUACGGUGUCUUUUUAUGUGCUGGAUGAGGACUCUCUCAGCCGAGAUGACGUCAUUGGGAAGGUGUCAAUCAGUAGGGAGGUUCUCACUGCUAAGCCUCAAGGUGUAGAUGGAUGGAUGAACCUAACAGAAAUUGACCCAGAUGAGGAGGUGCAAGGGGAGAUUCACCUCCAGAUAUCAGUGCUGGGAGAUGGAGAUAUUCCACGAAAACUCUGCUGCCAAGUCCUAGAGGCAAGAGAUCUUGCAAAGAAGGAUCGCAAUGGGGCUUCUGAUCCUUUUGUUCGAGUGCGAUACAAUGGCAAAACGUAUGAGAGCGCGGUGGUUAAAAAGUCCUGUUACCCACGGUGGAACGAGAGUUUUGAGUUUGAGCUGGACGAGGCGCUGGCUGACACUGGUUUGUUGAGUGUGGAGGUGUGGGACUGGGAUCUGGUCAGCAGAAAUGACUUUCUGGGAAAGGUCCUGUUCAACAUCAACAAGCUUCAGUCUGCCCAGCAAGAGGAAGGCUGGUUUCGCUUGGGGCCUGACAAAUCCAAACACAGUGAAUAUGAAGGAACUCUGGGUUCACUGCGGCUGCAGCUACGGCUUCGAGACGAGGUUGUGUUGCCAUCCAGCCAUUACAAGCCACUCACAGAGCUACUCAGCCAGUCGGUCGGCUCUCAGCUCAACGGCAACUGGCCUGAUUUCAUCAUGCUGAUUGAUGAAACCACUACAGCAGAGAGCAGACAGGAAGUAGCUAAUAAUCUGGUGAAGCUGUUUUUGGGUCAAGGGCUUGUCAAGGAGUUCUUGGAUGUUCUGUUCAAGCUGGAGCUGGACAAGACAACUGAACCCAACACACUGUUUCGCAGUAAUUCAUUAGCAUCCAAGUCUAUGGAAUCAUUUUUGAAGGUGGCUGGGAUGCAGUAUCUGCACAGGCUUCUGGGCCCGAUAAUAAACCGAAUCUUUGAAGAAAAGAAAUACGUAGAACUGGACCCAAGUAAAGUAGAACUGAAAGAGGCAGGGUGUGCAGGUUUGCAUCGUCAGCAGACUGAGUCUGAUAUUAUUCAGCAGAGCUCCAACCACCUGCAGUCGUACCUGUCUGAGCUGCUCACCUCCAUCCUGCAGUCAGCCUCCUACUGCCCUCUGCUCAUCUGCCAGGUUUUCCAUCAACUCUACCUCAGAGUGCAGGAACGCUUCCCUGACCCAGAGUACCGGAAGGUGAAGUUCAUUGCUGUGACCAGCUUUCUGUGCCUGCGGUUCAUCUCACCUGCCAUCAUGUCUCCAAAACUAUUUCACUUGCGAGAGAAACAUGCUGAUGCCCGUACAAGCCGCACACUCCUGCUACUUGCCAAAGCCGUGCAGACCAUUGGGAAUAUGGACACUCUCGCGCGCAUGUGCUCUAAAGAGCCAUGGAUGGUCUGUUUGCAGCCAGCCAUACAGCAAGGCAUCACCCAGCUCAAAGACUUCAUCAUCAAACUGGUCAACUGCCAUGAGUCAGAGGAUCUUGAGCUUCAGACACGGAUGAGUCUCCAAUGUGGCACUAUGGAGAAGGAAGGCUUCCUCUUCCUCCACAGGACCAAGGACAAGUGCAUGCCCAUGACAUCACCCUUUAAGAAGUACUACGUGACGCUCAGUAAAGACACUCUGUCGUACUCACGGACACAACACUCUAAGAAGAGCUCGUUUAUUUCGCUGCCAAAGAUUCGGGCGGUAGAGAAGGUGGAGGAGAAGUGUUUCGGCAGUGCCAACGUCAUGCAAAUUAUCUCUGCAAGUGAAGACUCUGGCCAGCAGGAGACCCUGUACCUUGACUGCAAAAGUGUCAAUGAGUUGAAUCACUGGCUGUCAGCUUUGAGGAAAGCCUGCAGUCACAACACAAACACUAUGAGCUGCUAUCACCCUGGCAUCUACAAAGCAGACAGAUGGAGCUGCUGCCAUCAGAAGGAGAAAUCAGACCCAGGCUGUGAUAAAACUAGGCAUGGAGUGACUCUGCAGGAAUGGUAUGACCCACUGGACCCAGACCUGGAGGCUCAGCUCAUCUAUCAACAUCUCCGUAGUGUCCAGCAUGCCAUGCGAGAUAAGUAUUAUAAGUUGAGAGAGCAGCAAGGAGUUCAAGAGGCAGAUUCAGUAAGAGACCAGAAGAAAGUAGAUGGACUAUCAAAGCUCUUCAGUAUUCUCCAAGACCUACACGAUGCACAUGCAGCAGUGGAAGAAGAGGAAAGACUGAAGAAUAAAAAUGUUUUCUUGGAAUUACAAACGUAAACAAAAUGACUUUUGUCCUUAACUGGUUGCAUUUCAUAAUUCACAGUGUUAUUCAGUCACUGAGCUCACACACAGACUUCAAACCUGCUAUUAACUGACACAUAGACGAGAGAAGAAAUACUGUACAGUAAGUUUGAUUUGUUCUUGGUGCGUAGAUGGAUAUUUAGAGGGCUGCAAUCACAAACCCUUUAUUAAAGGAUAGUCGUGGUAUGUUUGCUAUGUAUUUGGUAUUAAGGUAAGGACAGUGUUAACUUACUGCAAUGAUUCAAGUGGGUUGCUAGCUCAAAAACUGUCCUGUUGGCAUUUCUGCAGUUUUUUCUUCAACGAUUUUCAGCAUUAACUUCAACUAAUCAGCAUUCUUCCUUUAUUUUAAUGUGCUUUUGACUUUAAAAAGCACUGUGGAUAUGCAUGUCAGCUCUUCCACCGUGUAAUUCUUCAUUAAAUCAGUUUUAUUAAAAUGUUUAUAGACUUCUUUUUUAAUUCUGUAGGUUGGUGGCAAGAGAAGAAUUAGUUUAUUCUCGAAUCUGAAACCCAUACAAAGCUGCCAUUCCUGCUGUCUUAAUGCCUUGUCUGUAUGUGUCAUGUUUUUUUGUUACGUCUUUUUAUGAUAUGAACUGUAAUUAAGUAUGCCUUGCGCAUUUCACAAAAACAAUAUACUUCUGUCAUUUUUAAAUGUGUAGCUUUUUUCCUGAAAGGUGGUGAUGUUUAGUAUUUCUCCACUAGGUGGCAUUACAGUGUUUCUUAUUCAUAAGUUGUAUUCAGGCCUCAUUCGCAGUAAACACAAAACUCUUCAAAACCAAUUCCAAAAGAUUAUCAGUAGCUUCUCUGUCGGAUGGUGUUUUAAAUUCCUCUGCAACCAUAUUUAAUUAUGCCUGUGAUUUACUACCUUGUAGUAAAUAUUAUGUGCGCUACACAAAUCUCUUGAGAACAGCCUGCAUUAACCUAUCUGUAAAAUUAUAAGAGGAUUAUUUCAGACUUUUCCAAGGUUUAAACAGUUUGAUUUAACCAUCAGCUAUGUAGUUUAACAUUGCAAUUAAAUUUACAGUACUUAAUUUGUCUUAAAGAGACAGAGCUGAUUCUGUCAUCAUUUACUCAGCCUAAAGUUGAAACUUCUAUGAUUUUCUUUUUUCAAAAAUGAGAUAUUUUCCAGAAUGUUCCAGCUAUACAAUGCCUAAAGUCAUGAAAACUGUGUUGUUGGCCAUUCUACAAAAUCUCUCAUUUGCAUUUAUGGCUUUGGAUGUGCAUCCUUCAUUUUUUUAUUAUAAAUCAGUUGUGCAUCCUUAUAAUUUUUUAUUGAUUAUUCCUACACUCAUAAAAAAGGGACAAAACUGUCAUUGGUGCGGUACGCUUUCAGAAAGUAAUAAUAUGCACACUUUAUGUACUAAUAUGAACCUUUAAAGUACUACUAUGUACCAUGUAGGGGCAAAUAAGGUAUAAAGAUGUACGUUUUCGCUAUUGUACCUUAGGGUAUCGCCCCAGUGACAGCUUGUUACCUUUUCUGAGAGUGCUGGCAUCUUAUUAGCUUAAGACUGAUAUUUUGAGCAUGCUAUUAUCUGAGUUUUGACAAUUUUGCAUUUACAGCUCCUGUUAUUAAAGAGUCAGUUAAAGUGGUGCCUUAUGUUUACAAGAAAGAAUGUGCUUCCUGUUUUCUCUUUAGUAGUCAUCUGAAACAUGACCAACCUUCUCUGUUAUUUUCUUUUUCUCUCUCCACCUCUCUCAUUCUGUUUUCCUCUCCCUGUGUUUUCUUUUGAGGGAAACGCAUUAUUGUGUUUCACCCCCUUCUGUACUAUUAAAGACAGGCACUAUUAUUUCACAUGCUAAAGAGAGGGCAUGGUUUGGAGGACUUUUUUAUUUUUUUAUUGAUAGUACAGCUGUGUUCUGUUGUUUAUUAAGGAUAAGAGAAAUGCGUAUAUUUGUUUUGAAAUGGGAAGACAGCAUGCAAGAAGUCAUUUAAUGCAUUUUUGAUUAUGAGGAAUUUAUUAACUGUCCAGCUGAUUUUCACUCUGCUGGUUACUUUCAGUGAUGUGUGCAGAAUUGUCAUCAAAUUCAACAAGGUUCUACUUUUCUGACCUUUACUUACCUAUUUGAAAGGUAUUUUUAAGCAUGUUUUAAUUUCCUCAUGAUCAUGGAAGUGUGUUCAUGCACAAAUCAAUAAAAAGGCAUGAAAAGUGAAA